UAUAAAUCUUUAUUAAAAUGGUUUCGUUUUGUUCAAGUUUAUCAACUGAACAAUUCAAUUCUUUAAUAUUAGAAAUUAUGUAUAUGUUUCAUAGGGGGAAUAAUAAGAAUUUUUGUAGGGCUUGGGUGGGGCAUGGAACAGAGGCUGGACUAUAUCAAGGGCCCCCCAUUGAUUCUUAAGAAGGAUCAGGACUUAUAGUCACUAGUGGAUUAACCAGCAGAUUUGAAGCGGUGGCAUAUUUCGUUGAAAAAUUUUCUAUUUGGAUUAACAAAAUUAAAAUAUUUUUUACAUGGAGGUGAGUUUUGAAAUUUUUACAGAAAUGAAAGUAGCAAUAAAAAUUGAAAUACAUAUACAAUAUACUAAAUCUAUACAUAUUAACAAUUGCUAUGCUAUGUAAAAUGUACUAUGAUCAUGAAUUAUUAGAAUAUUGUAACAGCAAUCCUUUAUUAUAAUUUAAAUUCAGUUAUUACUUAUUUAGUUCUAUUUUUUCAUUGAUAACUAAUAUUUUUGGAAAGAUUAGGUUGCACCCCUCCGAUUUCGUUAAAAUUUUUGUAUGCUAUAGAGAAAAUUACGCUGAACAAGAAUAUACAAUGCAACCUCGAAAAAGCAAACUGGAAGGAAACAAGUAAAUAUUCGUAAUAUCAAGCUUGAACGAAUAUUCGUCCAAGAUAUCAAGUAAUUCGUUGAAUUGAGAUUUUUUAUUUGGAAGUUGCGUCGUUAUAAAAAAGUAAACAAAUUGUUUUAUUCACAUCUAAAGCGAAAUCCAAUUUCGUGAUGGACUACAUCGUCACUCAAACCUCCUUUUUCACAUAUGAAAUUAAGAGUCAUAUAUUGGUUUUUGGUUAACAAAAUUUGUUAAUCAGAGGUAUCUAUACUUUUUAUUACUAAAGGCCGAUGUCUUUUGAAAAACGAAUCAGGCAUUUUAGCUUGAGUCUUUUAUACGUCACAAGGCAAACUGAGAGGUUUGCCCAAGUGUUUAAAUCUUGUACGUGUGAGUACUGGGGAUGAAGCGGACUCUGUUUUUGGCUCCUGCAUGCAUCAGCGGUAUAAGAAAAGCAGUAGACCCUUCUAUCUGUGUCUUAGCUUGUCUCAUACUAAGUGUUCCUAUUCAUCUCCGCAAAUCCUUGCAAGCAUAUUAUUGAGAUAUUGAGCAACACCAAUAAAGGGUUGUAGUCCCAUUAGUGGAUUUGCUUGUUCCAAUCUGGUGAGCGAGUGCGCCUCGUCGCUGCCCGAGUGACUAGCAUUUAAGGGGAAUAAACAAUUUUCAAAGUUCAAAAAACCAUAAACAAAUAGAACAACUCGUCAGCUGAUCGUAUUUACCCACCGGUCGACCACAUGACGACCUAAUUAACUCGAUUAGUUUCCAAACAACAAUGAACGUGAUCCGGGUUAGCUUCCGUACAUUCAGAUCAUGAACGGGUUAACCCACUCAUAGUUUUCGAAAAGCCCUUAUUCAAUAUAACUGGAUCUUGUGAAUAUAAACUACAUUUUUUCUAGUUCUUAAUAAACAGAUUUCAAAUAAUGUCUAAAUUAAUCCACUAUUUAAAAACGCACUCGAUAGUAGACAGUUUGACAUCAGUCAAUGUCAAUGGUAUAAUAUUGUACAUAACCUCUUGCAUUUCCAUCAAAAAUAAGAAAAAUUACGUAAUUAGUAUUAUUUUACUUUAAUAGAAUACAUUGUUUCUAGCUAGAAAAAUAUGGGGAAAUCCUCUUUUACGGGGGGUGUUAAACCCAUGUCCAUAACAGGACGAUUUACUAAUGAAAGAGAACGUUUAAUUGGAAUGACAGAUGCUGAAAGAGCCUUUCGUAGACAAUGGUUAAAAGAUCAAAUAUUAGCUCCUUCGGAGCCAAGAGUUGUUCCUGAAAUAUAUACGGCUACUCAUAACCCAAUCAGAAGAUUUUAUAGAUGGCCUUUAGAUCAAUUAGGUAAAGCAUUAGCACCCGUUCUCGGCGAACAACGUGCAGGGAGAAUUAGAUACUUCACUGGCAAGAUUUUAUUGGGAUUAGCAGGUGUUUAUGCUUUGACUUACUAUGUAAAAUACAAUACAAAUGAUUGGACUCGUAAAAAUGGUAUGAGAAUAUUAAAGUCUAGUGUAGCUGUCCAUGAAGGAGAUCCUGGUUAUCCUCGUGUAUCUGAUAGAACCAAACCGUCUGAUUAUGGUGAUAGAGGGUUCAAUAAUGUUAAAUUAAACUUAUAAAUAUAUCUAAUUAUUUAGUGUUAUUAGAAUUUGUUUUUGAUUACUUGCUUGGUUUUUUUGGUAAUCUAAACAGGUAAUAUAUUCAAAUACAAUAACUUA